CUUACAUAUAAGGGCAAAUAUCUGGAAGCGCUCUUUUGUGUUAUAAUUGAGCGGGCGGCUGCAUAUAAACUUCCCAUCGUGGCCAAAGUCUUGGAUUUAGUGGAGGGAAACUCGUCGUCUGCGGGUUCUUUGCAAGCGAGUGAACCGCAGGUGGACUGAGCGAACGCGGACUGCUCGCGACAUGCGAGCAACGUGCACGCACCCAGAGCAUCGCGCUCUGCUCCCGCUGCUGCCACCGCUGCUGCUGCCACCGCUGCUGCUGCUGGUGGUGGUGGCGGUGGCUCCGUGUGGGGCGAGCGCAGUGGAGGGAUGCGCUCGAGGCUGCGCGUGCGAGGCGGGCGAGGCGGGCGCCAGCGCUCGGUGCUUCCGACUGAGCAGCGUCCCGAGCGAGCUACCCGCGGGCGUGCGGCGACUCGAGUUGCAGCACAACAGCAUCCGUCGCUUGCAGCCGUCCGACUUCCGCUCGUUUCCCACACUCGAGUCGCUCUUCCUGUCGUCGUGCGGCAUCGAGCUCGUGGAGGACGGCGCCUUCCUGCCGCUGCGCUCGCUGCGCACGCUCGACCUCGCCGGCAACCGCUUGCAGGCCGUGCCGCGCCGACUCCCGCCGGGCCUCGACACGCUGCGCCUGCACGACAACCGCAUCGACGGGGUGCGGCCGCCCGAUCUCGCGGGCCUGCGCUCCCUGCGAGUGCUCGAGCUGCACGGAAACCGCAUCGGCGCGCUCGACCCGGCCGCGUUCGCGACGCUCGCGAGCCUCGCCUCGCUGCGCCUCGACGGCAACGCCAUCGAGGCGCUCGGCUCGACGGCGCUGCCCUUGCCCCGGCUCGUCGCGCUCAAGCUCGACGGGAACCGGCUGGCGUCGCUGCCGGCGACGUUCUUCGGCGCGGCGCGGAGCCUCCGCUCCGUCGGCCUCGCGCACAACCGGCUGCGCAGGUUCCCCGCCGGCUUGCCGGCGAGCGCCGAGACGCUGGCGCUGGAGGGCAACCAGAUCCGGGCGAUCCGGCGCGCCGACGUCGCGCACCUCGUCCGCCUCCGGGAGCUGAACGUCGGCGAGAACCGGUUGUCGUCCAUCGAGGACGGAUCGUUCUCGGAGCUGCGCGCCCUCGUGUCGCUGGAGCUGCCGAGGAACCAGCUGCGAGCGCUGCCCGCGGGGCUGCCCCCGCAGCUGCAGAAGCUUGAUUUCCGCUACAACGCGGCGACGAGCGUGUCGCGCGCCGACCUGUCGGCGCUGUCCGAGUUGCGGCACCUGCUGCUGGAGAACAACAACAUCAGCGCGGUGGAGACGGACGCGCUCUACGGCUGCGGCAAGCUGUCGGACGUCGCCCUGGAGCAGAACCAGCUGACCUCCAUUCCCGUCAGGCUGCCCGAGUCGGUGACCCGCCUUGACCUGAAGGGCAACUCCAUCGCGAGCGUGCGCGCCUCCGAGCUGGCGCCGCUGCACCGCCUGCGCGUGCUCAACCUACGCGACAACCGCCUCUCGACGCUGCCCGCCGCCGCGCUCACGCCGGCGCUCAACCUGCGGCGCGUCUACCUCGACGGCAACCCGUGGCGCUGCGACUGCGCUCUCGCCGAGACGCGUCGCGCCCUCGUGCGCCGCCGCCGCGCCGAGGUGCGCGCCGGCGUCUGCCGGUCCCCGCCGGCGCAGGCUGGACGCAGCUGGCUCGACAGGGCGGCGGUGGCAGCGGCGGCGGAGGUGGGGGCACCCGGUGGGGCACCUGGUUGCGACGGCGGCGAAGAGGGCGGCGAUGCGGAGGACGAGCAGUCGGCGGGGGCGCAAGACGGCGAGUACUACUACGACUACGACAACACGGACGAGUACUGAGGGGAGGCGCGGACACUCCGGGGGGUGGGGAGGGAGUUCGCUACCUCGUCCUGUUUCGCGAGAUCGUUCAUCUAUAUGAGGUGGCCAUCUUGGGGAAAAGUCAUCUUCUAGGUUCUUUCGGUAAAGUCACGUAGAAUGGAAAUAAUAAAACAACAAAAAUAAAACAUAAUUAAACAAUUCUCACGACGUUUCGGCCACAACGCAAGCAGCCGUCCUCAGGUGAAGAACAGGUCUGUCGAGAAGACAGAGUCUGAAUGACACACCCCAGGCUUGGAGCGUCUAUUUAAGCUGUGACUUUACCGAAAGAACCAAGAAGAUGAAUCCCUGCAGUCACGAAAGCUUUAAAUCGAAAUUGGGGAAAAGUGUUAAGUCUUCCCGGGGCAUUAAACAUUUAACAAUCGCGGUUUUUGUUGUAUUCGUUGUGUGACAAUACAACACUCAAGAUAAUCAGUUUCUGGUAAUGUGAGACGUUCUUCUACCAAUGAUAUGUCCCAGUUUUUUUUGACCUAAGAGGUGGCAAACCUCGCGUCCAACACUCCUGUGCGUUACGGCGAUUAUAGUCAGGGCAUAAUUCUAGCCAUGGUCUUGUCCGAGGCGAUGGCCUGGAAAAUACUUCUGUGCCCAGGCAGAGCACAUUCAUCACAGCUCUGGCUGUGGCUACCCUACGGUCCGGUUUCUAUGCCUAUUCCAGUCAGUAGACCGGCGACCCGGAAUGCACAGUGAGAAAUGAAGCCCUGAUAAUUGUUUUUUUACCUUUCUAUCUGGCAACAAAACUGACACCUUUUUUUACAAGGAGUCAUAGACCACAAUACCUGCAGCCAUAAUGCAAACAAAAAACAUAACUCUGAUAAUAUAUGCACUGUCCUUGAAGUUGAUUGGUCCACACCCGAGACAGCUUUCCUUAGAGCCUAGUCUCACAUGGGUUGGACCAGGUGACGCCAAAAGGCACACAACUCAAAGACAAUGCACCAUCAGAGUAUGAGAGAUCGGGGAAGCAUUUACACCAUUGGAACCUCAUUUGCCAGUAAAAAAUAUGAUUGGUUUUUUACCCUUCUAUCUGGCAACAAAACUGACACCUUAUUAUCAGAGUUAUGUUUUUUGUUUGCAUUAUGGCUGCAGAUAUUGUGGUCUAUGUAAACAUGACUCAUUGUAAAAAAAGGUGUCAGUUUUGUUGCCAGAUAGAAGGGUAUAAAAACCAAUUAUCAUAUUUUUUACUGGCAAAUGAGGUUCCAAUGGUGUAAAUUAAGUCCCUGUUUAUAGCGGUGGGCGCCUGAAUAUUGGGCAGUGUUCAUUUUUUGGCCGACUUUAUUGUGGGAUCCAGAGGUUUUUUUGUAUUAAAACACAAGGGGGCAUACGAAGCUUUGCUAGCAUCUGAGGGCCAUUGUUGCCAAAGUUAGGAAUAGUGAAACGUAUGUGGAUUGUUUUACAAAUUAACACGGUGGGCACGCCGAAUGUCAAUGUUUAAUCAAGCGGGGUGCCGGUAAUUUUAGCUCAAUUGGUUGCUGGGUUGAUAAUGUGCCUGCUGGGCCAAAUAAUUAUUUGGCUUGAUAAUUGUCUGCGGGUGACUGAGCGCUCAUCUGCGGAUCUCAGACCAAAUGUGCUUAUAUAUUGAAGGUAGUUAGUAAUUUUACACACGAAGCAUUAAUUAUAUUUCUGCAGUAUUUUCUACGGUUGUUUUGUUUAUACUAAUAAACUUACGUUUUUACGUUAGUUAAGGGCAUGUAACUCAUCGCAGAUUAGUACAUGUUUUAUUUAGCCUUAGUUAAACAAAAUAUCAGUAGUUAUUUACCAAUGCAUACGUGAAGUACUUUGGCUGUUAGUGGUAAAGUUGACUUUGCCUUUUCGAAAAUAUCAUCAUUUGUAGAAGCAUAAUUGAUCUUUCUACGAUUUCUGUAAAGUUUGUAUUUUUCAUUAAUAAAAGGAAUCAAACGGAGAA